CGACUGACCGGAUCCUUAAGAAAAAACAUGGCGGACGUAGAGAAGGAAGCAUUUUAUUUUCAGUUUGACUCUAUGUAGAAUAAGCGGUCAUGAUGUGUUUAAGAUUUUUAACUGCAAUUACACAUUAGUGUCAGGGGAAUGGCUGACAUACAAUGGAGUUAUUAUCUGAGAGGACCCUGAAUAACAGUGCUGUAAUAAGGUUAUUUCUCACAUAAACAGGACAAGUAUGGCUGAAAAGUUAGACAUUCCGAAGACUAGUGUUAGACAGUUGGCUCCAGGUCAACUAAAUAACAUUCGUCAAAUGUUUGAAACCAAAUCUGAUAAUCCAGAGAAGCUUGGCAGUUCUGAGAAAAGUAUUAUCCGCAGUCGGCCACAAUUGACACGUCCCAGACCACUGUCUACGGUGUCAAUUAAGUCAGAGGCUAUAAAAUCAAAGGAGCAGGAAAACAAUCAGAGCCGUCCUCCAAGGCCAGUUACAGCGCACUUCAAACAGUCACCGUUAUCAACCCCCUCGACUGCAGGCAGGAAGGUGAUUGAGGGAGAACCUUCUGAGGGAAAUUUAAAACCAGUCAGGAAAAAAUCUAGAGCAAAAAGUGAUGUCUUUGAAUCUUCAGCAGACGUAGUGAAAGCUGUGAAUAUGAUGAACAGUCGGGGAAAGAUAACACCUGUACCUAGGGAACGAAGUCCGAGGGCAAGCUCUCACACCAGGAAUGCUUCAAUGGGUACGAUAGAAUUGAAAGUCAAAUCUACAACAGACGAUAGUGGUUCAGAUAUUGUGUCAAGGAGGACAAAAAUGUUUGAAUCGGCUGAUCUUUCCAAACAAUCAGAACAGAAGCAAACCAAUACUGUUUUAAGGCCAGCACCUCCCAUUCGUCCAAGGUCUAGACCCACAAGUAUGUCAAAUGAUGGUGAUCCCGACCCCCCUAAAACAGUGGAGAGCCCAGGUGUGGUUUACUGUAAUCCCUGGGAUCUUGGCAAAAACAUUCUAACUAGUCCACCCCCUCCGCCAAGGAAACCCCCACGCACGGGUGCUCACGAUGACUACCUCAGGGUAAAAAUAUAUCCAGACAGUGAAAAGUUAAAAGAUUUGAAGGAAGAUGACAUUGUAGUCACACCUAACAUUUUAUAUGAAAGUAUUGAUGACAUACAGGAAGAAAAGAAAAAAACUAACGAGAAAGAGAAACCUUUAGCUUUAAAAGAGAAACCUGGACCUAUAUACAGGAAAAUAGUGACAAUUAAAACUCCAGAAGUUAAAACUACACAAGACACGAACGAUGAUACGAGGUCUAGUAAAGAUGAAACUUUUGUUGAAGAUCAUGAGAGCAGACCUAAGAAACCCACUCGCCCUCCCCCUCCACGAACCCGGCCUAUGUCAAUUGCAUCUGACAAUUUUACUGAUUUCUCUUUUGAAAAACAGACUAAAGAUCCGAAACAGAAACCAGUUGUUAAGAAGAAAAUUACUUCCCCAAACGGAGAUCAAAAUGCCAGUAGUCCGUUUUAUGAAGAUUUGAAAAAAAUAAAACAUCUUGAUUUAGAUGACAUCAAACACUGGGAUUUGCCAGACACACCAGUAAAACGUAAUAAAAUGAGGAGAAGUGUAAGUGCAGAGUGUGUAGCAGACACGAAAGAUGAUAUGCUUGGGGAGGCUGUGUAUGUGGAUCCUGUACCGUUUAGGGAUGACAUCUACGUGGAUGCUGGGGGUUACGCUGUGCCUUACAAACACAGACAUUUACAGCAGGCAAAGUCCCUAGAACCAGACCCUAGUACUAAAUGCAGACCAAUUAGUGAAGCGGUUAGGUCAAAGUUUGGAAAUCUGAAAAAACUUCUGAAAACAGAAUCACCAAGCAAAGGCAAGCAAGAGGAUGUCAAAAGUUCGAAGAAGAAACUGGAAAGUGUUCGUUUGAAGAUCAGUCUGGCCUUUUCUGUGGUACGGGCUAUGCAACAAAAGACUGAGGAGGGCAGCGUAGAUGAAGAAACACCAGAGCAACCCUCAGAAAAUGACAGUUUGGUGGAUGUAUCGGAGAUCGUCAAGAGGAAAGAACAUUGUAACCUUGUGCGGAAGAGGACGAUGAAGAGUGUGCGGGGCUCACGGAAGUACCAGGCUAAGAUCUACCCUCAGAUGUUUGACUAUGGACUGAUUGUAGGUCUAGAGGAGAAAGAGGAAGAACUUGGCUACAAACCCAAAGUGCUGUACAAAUUUCCUGACAUGACUCACAUAAGACUAGAUAACGAGGGCCGGUUGAUGUUAGGUCCGGACCUGGCUGAUAGUAAUGUUUCUGUUCCGGAGUUCUGUUUCCCUGAUGCAGCUGAGUUUGAUGUGAAGUCAGCCUCUCCAGCAGCGCCAAGUGAGUCUUACUCCUUUGUGCUAACCAAUGUGGAGGGUGGACGUUUGUAUGGCUACUGUCGGAGACUUGUGCCGUUAGAGACACCAGCUGGUCUAUCUGAGGUGAUCUGCAUCAUCAGUCCGAUUGACGCCUUCAGCAUGUACAAUGAGCUGUUGGAUGAGAUUGAGCAGAGACGACAACACUCAUUAUACCACGCCCAGGAGUUAAUGGCUGCAGCAUUUGGCAGACCCAUGCCCAGUCCUGGAGAUGUCGUACAUAUAAGGUCACUGGUAUUAACAUGGCCGACAGGCACAACUAUUCAUAUUUUCCAGGCGAACCGUGAAUUUUUACUCACGAGAUUAGGAGUGGAUAAAUUGCUUAAGAUCUUUGCUUGUAUUCUCUUGGAGAGAAGUGUUUUGCUUUGUGCCAAAAAUCUUAGUACGCUGUCCCAGACGAUCCAUGCCCUCUCUUCUCUACUGUAUCCUUUCCACUGGCAACAUGUCUACAUACCUGUACUACCAGAGAGCAUGCUGGAGGUGUGCUGCUCACCUACCCCCUACCUCAUCGGGAUCCUGUCUUCUCAUCUACAAAGGGUACAGGCCCUACCCCUCAGUGAGAUUGUGAUAUUUGACCUGAAUAAGAAGCAGAUGAUCCGGAGUCAGGGUGAUGAGGGAACACUCCUUCCUAAACUCAUCCAAAAGGCCAUGAAGACAGCCCUCAGCAUGUGUAAAAAUGACUCUGACGCCUCCAAUGCCCAGAAUCUCAUGAUAUCAGAAGUGUUCCUGCGUUUCUUUGUAGAAGCAAUUGCACAUUUCUCCGAACACAUUAACAUUCAACAGGAUGGCAAAAAGGUUUUUGUAAAGGAGAGCUUUAUCCAGGGUGCCCCCACAGAGAGUAUGCAGCAGUUCCUGGAGUGGUUCACAGAGACACAGAUGUUUGAGGUGUUCAUCACACACCAAGUGGAGAAAAACAGGACCACCAAGACCAUGGAACUCUUCACCUCAAGAAUAAUGGAAUUCAAAGAAGAAGAGGCCAAAUAUAAGAGGGACAGAAAUAUGCCAAAAACAAAGAAAAAGGUCAAGAAAUUAUUAAAACAUAAUUAGAUCAUUCUAUUGCAGCCAUAAUUUUAUCAGCAUUAUUUUCAGCAAAUUUAUAUUUUUGUUUUGUACAGACAUUGCUAUAAUUGUCAAUGCUUAAAUAACACAAGGGCCUGGUGGUAGGCCUAUUGUUAUAUACCAGGAUGUAUGGAAAAACAACGGAGAAAAUACCCAGAAAAAGACAUAUGUAAGCGUGUCUUACCUGUGAUAAUUGGCCAACACCUUAUAUAUUGGGUUAGAAUGAGUACAUUUUACUUGGCUUUUCUAGGAACAGAACUUGUGUAUAAGAAAGAUGACUGUCGUAAAAAUUGGGUUGGCUUAUUGCCCAGCAUCAACUGACCACUAGUUAAAUAUGGUAACAAUAUCUUCAAUUUCAAAUUAUAUCGUUCAUCUUUUAUACUGUCCAAAUUCAUAUAAUGAGAUUAAAAUUACAUAUUGAUAUCCUGAAUCAAUGAGGCUUUAGACUUUUCACUACUCGCUGGUAAUUGAGAAAUUGUUCUCAUAAGAUGGUAAUUUUAGACAUUAUUCUCAUCAGCUAGUAAUUGAAACAGCAUUCUCAUUGGCUGGUAAUUGAGACAAUAUUUUCAUUGGCUGGUAAUUGAGACAGCAUUCUCAUUGGCUGGUUAUUGAGACAGCAUUUUUGUUGGCUGCUAAUGAGACAUCAGUCUCAUUGGUUGCUAAUGAGACAGCAUUCUCAUUGGCUGGUGAUUGAGACAGCAUUCUCAUUGGCUGCCUAUUAAGACAUCAUUCCCAUUGGCUGCUAAUUGAGACAGCAUUCCAAUUGGCUGGUAAUUAAGAUGGGCUGGUAAUUGAGACAGCAUUCUUAUUGGCUGCUAAUUGAGACAGCAUUCUCAUUGAUUGCUAAUUGAGACAGCAUUCUCAUUUGCUGCUAAUUGAGACAGCAUUCUCAUUGGCUGGUAAUUAUAUGUAAUUGAGACAGCAUUCUCAUUGGCUGCUAAUUGAGACAGCAUUCUCAUUGGCUGGUAAUUUAGACAGCAUUCUCAUUGACUGCUAAUUGAGACAGCAAUCUCAUUGGCUGGUAAUUAUAUGUUAUUGAGACAGCAUUCUUAUUGGCUGCUAAUUGAGACAGCAUUCUCAUUGAUUGCUAAUUGAGACAGCAUUCUCAUUUGCUGCUAAUUGAGACAGCAUUCUCAUUGGCUGGUAAUUAUAUGUAAUUGAGACAGCAUUCUCAUUGGCUGCUAAUUGAGACAGCAUUCUCAUUGCCUGGUACUUUCGACAGCAUUCUCAUUAAAAUAUUUAGAUGCCUUUACAGUCUCUGUACAAAGUAACACUACUGGUCAGUGGAAUAUUUUCUUUAUCAAAGUAACACUACUGGUCAGUGGAAUAUUGUCUUUAUCAAAGUAACACUACUGGUCAGUGGAAUAUUGUCUUGAUCAAAGUAACACUACUGGUCAGUUUAAUAUUGUCUUUAUCAAAGUAACACUACUGGUCAGUGGAAUAUUGUCUUUGUCAAAGUAACACUACUGGUCAGUGGAAUAUUGCCUUUAUCAAAGUAAUGCUGCUAUGAGUAUUGCUACAAAUUGAUUGUAUUUUAUAUAAAUCUGUUAUUAUCGCCAGACGUUUGACAGAGUUUGUGUUGUAUAUAUGUUUCCUGUUUAAGAUACAGGAUUGUACAUACUAGCUUUUGCUGUAAGAUAGUACUGCUUUAUUCUGACUGUUGAUUUCACCGUGAUACAUUCAAAAUUACAAUCACCUAGAAACUUAAGUGUAUUGUAUAAAGUGAUAUAGGAAUCAAUACAUCCUAAGUAAUGAGGCUAACAAGAUUAAAAAAAUACAUUUCAACCUUGAAAUUACAUUUCCAUUUUUAUAUGGUUGUGUGAAAUAUUCUAUGAAAUUCGCUUUUGUUGUGGUUGCUGGUAUUGUAAAGUUUAAACAUUUUUAGUUGCUGAUAGAGCAGAAAUAACAAAAGUUGGACAUUAAUCUUUGUUAAUGUAAAAAUGAAAUAUACAAAAUUUUGUUUUUUGUUUUAAGGAACAAUUUUUCUGACUGAAAUGGAAAUACAUUUCCAAGCAUACCACUAGGGAAGUAAGCUUUCCACAUCAUCAGAGACUAUUUUUUUAAGUUGAAAUGUUAAAUGGAAACCAAAAUUAGGAUUUGGGCUUCCAGAAUUAUGCGAGUUUAUUUUGACAAGCUGGCCUUAUUCACAAACUUGUUUGUAGGUUGAAGAGUGUUGAUUUAGAUUUUUGUAAAGUGAUCUAUUCGGCAUGUUGUUACUGAAGUAUGUUAAGAUAGAGUUAUGAGAUUUUAUGUUGAUUUGUCUGUUAAAACUGUUGUAGGAUUAAAGUUUGAAACAGCCCAGUGAAUUUACUGUUUACGUUAAGAAUUAUUAUGGUUCCAGCCCACAGUGUUCUGACAUUACAAAGUUCCCCAGUGUAGCUGUGGACAGGGAGAUAACUGUAAUUAGUAAUUCCUUUCAAUCUGGUUAAGUUUAACUAAAAUGGAAUACAGAAAAAAGAGCUAAAGAAAUCUUUCAAACCUCCUGUAUUUUUGCACCUGUCGACCGUCUUUGGUAGGACUUAUUGUGGUAUGAGUUUAUCUCGUUGGCAGGCUGGGCAACAACAAUAUCUUUGUCUGGAGCAUGUCAUGCUUAGAACAUCCAACUUGCUAUAUAUGUGGGAAAGGCAUAGUAGUGUCAUGUAUGGAAAUCUGGUUUCAGGCUCCACUAUAUACAGUGAGUCUAAUAGAAUAAUUCCGUCUUUGCGUAUUGCAGAGUUAUCUUCUCUUGGGAGCAGGUAUUGAUUGUUACGUCAC